AUAACAUUAUACAGACAGAGACUGGUAGCUGUAAUAAACAUACAAUUGGAAAUCUCAUUCAUUACAUUUGCUUUAUUCAUCUCAAGAAAAUAAAAAAGGGCGCCUAUAAUUCCACUGUAAGAAUUUGACUCAAAGAUCUGUUCUUUUUUACUUUUAUGAGGUGAGACAAGUAACGUGAUGGGAGACUUACCUCGUUAUAUGCAUUCAUGUUUGCAAACCGGAAAACUUGCUGCCUUGGCAAUCUUGGUUUCUAGUGGAAUUGUAUUACAAAUUUUGGCAUGUGCACUGUACAAUAAUUGGUGGCCUAUGCUAACUGUAAUAAUGUAUGUGCUUCUUCCCAUGCCUUUGCUUUUCUUUGCUGGCUCAGACGGUUCUUCUCUUUUUACUGAAUCAGAUAACAGUUGGGUCAAUGCAACAAAAUUCUUGACCGGAGCCUCCGCAGUUGGAAGCAUUGCAAUACCAGCAAUCUUAAAGCACUCUGGUGUCAUUGGCUGGGGAGCAUUGACAAUGGAGCUUUCUUCAUUUUUUGUAUUUGUGAUGGCCAUAUUGUGUUGCAUACGCAUGAAUGACAAUGAUGGUUACAGCAUGAUCUGAAAAACGGCCGCCGCAUGAUUUCUUGCCAGAGUGAGUUUGGCAACUUUGUUCAUUUAUGAAUCAUAGCAAAUUGUUGUGCUUAUAUCUUGUAUAUUUAUUAGUUAGAUUUGGCAACAUGUUCAUUCUACAUUUGUGUAAUUUGUUUAUGGUGUGUAUAGUUCUUUGAAAUAAACUGGUUAUUUUGUAAAUGGAAUACUGUGAACAAACUUAUUGAACAAUUAUGUCAUAUUUAUCUUCUAGUACUAUUAAAUGAGAGAAGGAAUAUUUGAGUUAA